AUGGGUCAACAAAAUUCACGUUCUAUUAGCUUAAAUAAAAGACGUGCUACUUCCCUUAAUUUUAAAAACUUUAAAGAUUCUGAUAAGUAUAAUGAGAAAAACAAGUACACAAUAAAAUAUUUAAAUUAUGACGAACAAUAUGUUGAACAUUCAAACUCAGGUUUGAAGGAAGAACUUCUUGACAAGUUUUCCGAUAAAUUUAAUAGCGAUGCAAAGAAUUUGUUAGCUUUAAAUGCUAUUUCUGGUAAUGAUUUUAGCAAAAUUUUGUUGAAUCGAGAGAUCACCAUAAAUGACAUUCAUGUAUUUUCUGAGAACAUUGAAUUGGAAGGCAAAUCUACUAAUCAAAAAUCUUCUGGUCGUUGUUGGUUAUUUGCUGCAACCAAUGUUAUGCGGUUCCUUGAAAAUAUUAUUGAAUUGGCCGACGAAGAUAUUGAUUCUCGUUUAAUUCAAUAUUUAAUUCAGGAACCAGUCAACGAUGGAGGUCAAUGGGAUAUGGUCAUUAACAUUUUGGAGAAAUAUGGUGUAGUGCCAAAAUCUGCUUUUCCCGAAAGUUAUAAUUCUUCGAAUUCAUCAAAACUUAAUUGGUUGGUGACAACUAAAUUGCGUGAUUUUGCAUAUCAAUUACGUGAAUUACACAAUGCUGGAAAGGAUCGUAAUACCUUGAGAUGUAUAAAGAUUAGUAUGAUGGAAGAAAUCUACAGGAUUAUUGCUAUUUCACUUGGUGAACCUCCAAAAAAAUUUGAUUGGACCUUUAGGGAUAAAAAUGGAAAAUAUCAUAAUCACCCAGGUUUAACUCCAAAGAGUUUUUAUCAAAAUAUUAUUGGAUACCAGGCAACCGAAACUUUGUCGCUUAUAAAUGAUCCUCGUAAUUCUUAUAACCGUCUUUAUACUGUUGAAUACCUUGGCAACAUUCAAGGAGGUUUUCCAAUUCGUUAUGUGAAUAUUUCAAUUGAAACGAUGAAACAACUUUCAAUUAAUGUGUUACGUUCAGGGAAGCCAGUAUGGUUUGCACAAAGAUUACAAUAUGGACAAAGCUUAAUGACUCAUGCCAUGGUUUUAACUGGUGUUCAUCUUGAAAAUGAUUUACCUGUUCGUUGGAGAGUUGAAAAUUCUUGGGGAGAUGCUAUCGGUGACAAAGGUUAUUUCGUUAUGACUGAUGAUUGGUUUUCUGAUUGGGUUUAUCAAAUUGUCUUGGAAAAGAAAGAUACACCUAAAGAAUUAGUUGAAGUAUUGGAUCAAAGUCCCCUAGUAUUACCUGCUUGGGAUCCUAUGGGUUCUCUUGCUUUAUAA